CGCUCCGCAAAAUCUCCGUCCAGCCAGAAUGUGCGGACGCUAUGCGCUCGGGCUCGAUGCAGAGGAGCUCGUAGCCGCGCUCGAUGGUACAGAAGGUCUCGAGGACACUCAAUGGCCCGAUCGCGAUCGUUACGAGGCCGGACGGUACAAUAUCGCUCCACGAACGCACAACCCCAUCAUCCGUCGAUCACGCUCGCCGUCGAGCGAAGACAACGACGAUGGCGCUGAGGGUCACGAGAGAGCAACCUCAAAGAGUGCACCGGCCAAUGAGAUGACCACCGCGGCAGUAUGGGGACUGAUCCCGCACUGGAUGAAGCGCGCCGACAAAGUCGGUCAGCUCAAGACUAUCAAUGCUCGCGACGAUACAGUCUGCGCGGGUGGGAUGUGGACUUCCAUGCGACACAAGAGGUGCAUCGUCAUCGCCGAGGGAUUCUACGAAUGGCAGAAAAAGGGCGCAAAGGACAAAGUGGCCCAUUUCACGAAGAUGAAGGGCGACAGGCUGAUGUGCUUUGCGGGAUUCUGGGAUUCUGUGAGGUACGAGGGUGAGCAGGAGGCCGUGAUGAGCUAUACCAUCAUCACGACGGCAUCGAACGAUCAACUGAACUUCUUGCAUGAUCGCAUGCCCGUCAUUCUUGCCACCAAGGAAGCUCGACAGCUUUGGCUUGACGCUGAUCAUCCCUGGGAUGCGAAAGUCGCAGCACUUCUCAAGCCGCUAGAUCGUCCACUGGACUGCUAUGCCGUGCCGCCCGAAGUGGGCAAAGUGGGCAACAACUCUCCUGAUUUCAUCAAGCCAGUCGCCCAACGGAAAGGCAACAUUGCAUCCAUGUUCGCAAAGCAGGCGUCCACCAGUCCGGACAAAGGCAAGCG